AUGGCGCCGGCGCUGAAGGUCUACGGAUGGGCGGUCUCACCGUUCGUGGCACGCGCGCUGAUCUGCCUGGAGGAAGCAGGCGUCGACUACGAGCUCAUCCCCAUGAAACGUGAGGCCGGCGACCACCUCCUGCCGGACUUCCUCGCCAGGAACCCCUUCGGCCAGGUCCCCGUUCUCGAGGACGGCGACCUCACCCUCUUCGAAUCGCGCGCAAUCGCGAGGCACGUGCUUCGCAAGUACCAGCCGGAGCUGCUGGUGGGCGACGGCUCGCCGGAGUCGGCGGCGAUGGUGGACGUGUGGCUGGAGGUGGAGGCCCACCAGUACAAUCCCUCGGCUGGUGCCAUCUCGAUCCAGUGCCUCCUCGUCCCGUUCCUCGGCGGCACGCGCGAUCAGGCCAUCGUCGACGAGAACGUCGUCAAGCUGAGGAAGGUGCUGGAGGUGUACGAGGCGCGGCUGUCGGCGUCCAAGUACCUCGCCGGGGAGUCGGUCAGCCUCGCCGACCUCAGCCACUUCCCGCUCAUGCACUACUUCAUGGAGACGGAGUACGCGUCGCUGGUCGAGGAGCGCCCGCAUGUCAAGGCGUGGUGGGAGGAGCUGAAGGCCAGGCCGGCGGCGAGGAAGGUCACGGAGUUCAUGUCGCCGGACUUUGGGAUGGUGAAGAAAGCAGAGCAGUGA